GUGGAGGGACUGUAGCACAGAACAUCACGAUUGACAGGAACAAGAUUCGAUGCAGUGCUCCGGUUACGCCAAGUCGACAAACGCUCAGUGCUCUAACAAGAGCAAAUACAAUGGCUACUGUCAUGUCCAUCAUGCCCAAGAUCCCACUGGCGAGGCCUCACGUCUUUUUAACGCGGCGCAAGCCCAACCGUUUGCCGCGCGAGAUGCUGCCAUCACCCAACAGGUCGAGGCUGGACAGGCAGCAAAGAUCGACGCACUCAAGGAAAAACUCGCCAAACGAGUUGCAGUCAACAAGGAAACGAAAAAACUUGCCCAGACAGUCAAAGGUGUGAAGGAAGAACGCGACAACUUGGCGGAAAAACUGGAUGCACGCGAAGAAGAAUGUCAAGAGAUGGUCGCACUGCUCCAGCUCAUGCAGUCCAAGUUUGAAGAGCUCGGCAUCACCGAUUAUGCUGACGAGGUGCAGGCUUUUGUCGAUUAUUACGACUAUGUUGAGUGAUCGAAUGUGUCAGUAGAAUGCAGUGCUAGAAUGUUGUACUGAUCUCGAAGUCGUAAUGAAAACUACAUCCAAUAAAG